GAAACAUCUGAUCCCGGAUCAGUGCGCUACGACUCCCUCCAACACUACGAGUUGGGACCAGAGGAAAUCGUGUUCCGUCGCUGGCCAGGUCGGCACGCCAAGACUCAUCCAUAGCAGACCACGGUGAGGGAACGGACAAGAAAGGAGUGAAUUCAAGGGGAAGGCUGGUAGGAACCACGGUGGAGUUUAAUGCAAAAACACACAGAGCUGCGCGAGGACAGAGGGCAGGCUGGCCGCGCUUAAGGAGUAGUAUUACGCUCAGCUAAUUUCCAACAUUUUCUAUUCUUGGCAGCGAGAGUGUGCUCUCUCCGAGCCACAUUUAUAAAGAGAGCUAGCGGAAUGUAAUGCUAGCAAGCUAGCUAAUGUUAGCUAGCUAAUUAGCUUGUCAGGCAUCUGGGAGUCGGACGUGUGAUCUUUAUUUAAAAUAGGUCAAUUUUGCGUCGUUUUACUUUUUUGGGGAGGAUAAAGCUGCUCUUUUUGUUAGUCUUUAUGCAAGAUCCUGCCAUAGCCAUAAUGGUCUGCCUCGCAUAGCUAACGCCAAGUUAGACAAUAAACAGUGUAAGCUUCCCAUAUUGAUGAAUAUUUGUUCAAUAUUAUCCGUCUACGCGUCUUGUGGAAAAGCCAAGUCCAUUGUGAAUAUCACGCUGUGAAAAAAUCACCAGAAGACAAAGGGAAAAGAAAACAAGACUUUUGACUCGUGACUGCCGUCCAAUGUUAAUGUCGACCGACGUUGCAUCUAUAAUGCUUCCCGUUAAUCGGGGAAUAAUGGACCGCGAAAGGGACAUUGAUACAGCAGCCGCAAACCCGGCCGGGGGUCCUGCGGUUGUCCGAGGAAUGAAGCGUGGAGACCCGGAGCCCGACGCUCAGACUGCCGCUGCCCUGACUGAUUUGGCCGGGGCGGAAUGCAAAAGACCAAGGAUAGACGGGACCGGGAGCGUGGUUGCUGAAAUUGGACAGAACAAUGAGCCUUUAAACCCCGGUUUCCAUGGAUACCCACCUCACAGUCAGGGCUCUCAGGAUUCGACCGGAGGACAGGAGGGUUUGGUGGCCCCACCCUUUACAGCUUUCCCUCCUCCACCUCCUCCUCAAAACGGCCUACCGGGAACAGAGUUUGGCCCAGGGGCCAUGUUUGGUGCUGGGGGCCAAGGUACAGCAGAGGUAGGGGCUGGCGUUAAUGAAGCCACAGCUACAACCAACAACAACAAUAUAAAAGCAGAAGAGACGUCUCAGGGUGAGGCGGGCGUACAGUGCGGUGCAGGAGGGACAGGAGCUGGAGGCUCUGCAGGAGACUCCGCAGAGGCCAAAGGGACCCCCAAACGCCUCCACGUCUCAAACAUCCCCUUCCGCUUUCGGGACCCGGACCUCAGGCAGAUGUUUGGGCAAUUUGGGAAGAUUCUUGAUGUAGAGAUUAUUUUCAAUGAAAGGGGUUCAAAGGGUUUUGGCUUUGUGACAUUUGAAAACAGCGCAGACGCAGAGAAAGCCAGAGAAAAGCUCCACGGCACGCUGGUGGAAGGUCGUAAGAUAGAGGUGAAUAACGCCACCGCCAGGGUGAUGACUAACAAGAAAAUGGUUAGCCCCUACCCUAACGGAGAGGCUCUCAGCACGCUGCCCUAUGCAGGGUGGAAAUUGAGUCCUAUGGUGGGGGCCGUGUACGGACCAGAGAUCUACGCAGUCCCUGGCUUCCCCUACCCUUCAGCAGCAGCAGCAGCCACGACAGCAGCAGCAGCAGCAGCGUUUCGCGGCGCCCACCUCAGGGGCCGGGGCCGGCCCGUUUACAGCGCCGUGCGGGCUGCUGUGCCGCAGCCUGCCAUCCCUGCCUACCCUGGACUAGUGUUUCAGGACUCAGUCCUUAGUCCCAGAUUGCCUCAGGGAGGGUACCCUGCUGCUGCUGCCGCUGCUGCCGCCUAUCGCUACGCCCAACCUGCUGCUGUAACCGGAGCAACCGCUGCAGCUGCUGCCUACAGUGACAGUUAUGGUCGGGUGUACACUACAGACCCUUACCACGCUUUAGCUCCAGCUGCUGCUGCUUACGGAGUGGGAGCCAUGGCCAGUUUAUACCGAGCAGGAUACAGUAGGUUUGCUCCUUACUAAAAACCACAAGGAAUUUCACUUUGCUCCAAAAAUCCCUUUUCUCAAGCUCUGUUUGGCAGGAGCUCCCCUCCAUUUUUCUGCAGGCAGACUAUAGUGACAACUCACACUUUGUUUUUUUUUUUGUUAUUUCCCUUUGUGGCGGGAUGGGUCAUUGCCACAUCAUCAAGUCAAACUCUGUACUCUUCUGUCUGUCGCUGACAUGGAAUCAAUGAAAAAACUUCCAGGAGCAUCUCCCACUUCUAAAAGAAAGAAAGAAAAGAAAAAAAAAGCUGGAGCUGCUACUUGGAGUCACAGAGGAGGAUUUUUGGGAUGUUUUUAAAAACACUAUGGGACCCGGAAGGAGAGAGACGGCUGUUCCUGUGUGAUCCGACACACUACAAACCCCCUUUUUUUUUCCUAAAAGUGGCUGAACUCUACGGUGUAUCCACUGCCCUGUAAUCUGACCUGUAUACACACAUUUACUUUAAGCAACAAGUACACGUUUUCUCUCCAUUUAUUGAAGCGAAUGAUAGAGCUGCCACAGCGCUACUGUAAAAAGGUACCCAUGUUUUUAAACACUACAUAGACACAUAACUACGACCCACUACCAUCAACCCUCUGGUUUGUCAUUAUAUUAUAAUAAAAAGAUAAAUCAAAUGGAGUGUUUGAUACAGAAGAUAUAGGAAUUAUUUCUUUUUAUUUUAACUAGAAUACUGAAGAUUAAUCUGAAGGGAACAUAGAAGAAUCUGACUGACAGCAACCACUGUUAUCUCUGACAACAACCAUGAAUGAUUUUCUUUUUUGUCAUUUUCAAAAGUUUUACAACUUCUAAAGUAUAAAAGGAAAUCCAAUAAAUUACAAACAUGCUUAUAUGUGAACAUGACAAGGAAAAACAAGUAAUGUUUUUUCUGCAGUACCUCAGCUUUUCUUUCAUCUGUGUUUUUUUUUGUUGCCAUUAAUAAGUUUAAAAAAGAAAAAUGAAAAAAAAAAAAAUCAAUGCAUUUUGUUUUUUUCUGCAUCAGAUUUUUUUUCGUCCUUUUAUUUCUCACCUUAAUACAUUUCAGUGAUUUCAGCACUAAGAAGGAAAAUUUGCCUCUGCUCAUUUCAGCUGUGAACUGACCUCCACACGCGUGUUCGUUUUGAAACACUUUCACCCCCCCCACCCCCACCCUCUGUGGCUCGUCCUUGAUCCGCUAGCGCUUCUUCCAAAUAAGGACUUUGUACAUUUCUGACUCCUAAACCGUCAAGACAUUCCAGCUGCAGCGGCGAUAGCAGCGAGCGAACGGAUCAGAUGGGACAAAAGAACACAAACAAAAAGAAGAUUUAGCAGAAGCGGCGAGAAGCUAAUCAUCUGCCAGGCGGUGAAAUGGGAACCAGAGCUUUUACAGGCUCCAGGACAGAAACUGUGUCUGAUCCCAGCUCAGCAGAACAGGAGAUCCCAACAGAAAAGCCCAGAUUAGAAAACAGUGAAGCACAUUGCAGCUGAUGUAAUGACGUAGGGGGGGG